AUGGCCUGCCAUCUCUGGGUCGUUUUCCCAGCUAGUGAUGGAGCUCUUUUGAGAUCUGGUUUAGAUUCUGCUCGCCUUUACUUCCAACAAAAGGAAGCAUACCCAUCUGCAGACCUGAUUCACACAAAUGAUUCUCAUGAGUGGUGCAAAACAUCUGGUUACUAUGCUGAUCCCCACCUAUGGCACGAAACGUAUGAUUACAGACCAGGCUUAACUCCUACAGAGCCCAGCAACGGAAUGGAGUUUCUUCCAGGUGCUUUACCUGACAUAUUUGGCUUGCUUGCUAAGGCAGCGCGAGGGGCCACAACACCACAUUUAACAACACAGGAUGAUGGCCAAUUGAUCAUGUUCCCUGACCAUGAGCACCAGGUUGAUAAAAGCUUAAUAUCUGUUGUAAAGUCAGAUAAGGCAGGAUUGCAUGUAAGAGAUUUUCAAGGUCGGUGGAUUCUUGUAGAUGGGGACCUUGGUCCUCAAGAAGCUGUUGUUUAUCCUGGACUUGCACUUUAUCAAGCGACUGCUGGUUAUGUCAAUCCUGCACUGCAUAGGACAGAGAUUAAUAAUAUGCCGGGUAACAUGUAUGGACGAUGCUCCUUGGCUUUCAAACUCAUGCCCAAAUCUAUGACCAGUCUCAGUUGCUCAGAGAUGAGAGCAGCUGGUCAUGGGGUUGAAGCUCAGUUCCAGCUUCCAGUACCAGUGGAUGACUUCAUGCAGAGAUCUCACCCAACUGAUCAGCUCUUUAACAGAAACACUUUUCAGAGUUUCAAUUUCCCCACAGCCCAAGAUGUUAUAAGCAGCUGAUUCUCAUUGAAAAUUAGUUCCCUCACCUUGAAGUAUUAAGUUGUUGCCAUCUGAAAUGGUUCUGCUUGUUUUCUCUUCUCACCAGAUUUUAAGUCAAAUUUCCUUUUGAUCCUUUUACUCUCCCCAACUAGUCUAGACAGACUAUUAUAUAUCUGUUUUUUACCAUUAUAGAUGUACUUAAGAUUGGAUCAAAAUGCUUAAGCUGCUUCUUU